UGUUUUUGGCGCUAACACCGUUCACAGUGAAUCCAUGGGGGAAGAAGCUUCAGAGCAGCAGCUUGUUAUAGAAUCCAUGGAUGAAGAUGCUGUAGAGCUACCGGAAACCCCUAUUGAAGCUGUAGAAGAGAAACCAUCGGAAGAACCUUACCCUUGGCCGGUUAUUCAGUAUGAUGUUCCGCCGUAUCUAACCUAUCAUUUCUUCAAUCAGUUCAGGACGCCUUCAAACCCUAAUAAUUUCUUAAAGGGUGUCAAAUGGUCUCCUGAUGGUUCUGGUUUCCUCACUUGCUCUGAUGAUAAUACCUUUUGUUUAUAUAACUUGCCAUAUGAUGAAAGUGGACAGCUUGCUGAUUUUUCCUCAUCAGCUGCUGAUACAGAUUCGUAUGCUGCAAGUCUUGUCAUGAGUGACGGGGAGUCUGUAUAUGACUAUUGCUGGUAUCCCUAUAUGUCUUCUUCAAGUCCAGAGACAUGUGUUUUUGCAAGUACUACCCGUGAUCACCCUAUUCAUCUCUGGGAUGCUACUACUGGACAGUUACGUUGUACAUACCGUGCUUAUGAUGCCAUGGACGAGAUCACUGCUGCCUUUUCAAUUGCCUUCAAUCCCGCAGGGACUAAGAUAUUUGCUGGUUACAACAAAUCCAUAAGAAUAUUUGAUAUUCAUCGGCCUGGCAGAGAUUUUACCCAGCACUCCACCCUUCAAGGAAAUAAAGAAGGGCAAUCAGGAAUUAUAUCCUCAAUGGCUUUCUGUCCAAGCCAUUCAGGGUUAUUGGCAACUGGCUCAUAUAGCCAAACUACUGCCAUACAUAGGGAAGAUAACAUGGAACUUCUCUAUGUCUUGCAUGGUCAAGAAGGUGGGGUUACACAUGUCCAAUUCUCAAAAGACGGAAACUACUUGUACACUGGUGGCCGGAAGGACCCUUACAUACUGUGCUGGGACAUUCGGAAGACUGCUGAAAUUGUUUACAAGAUGUACAGAUCAUCAGAAACUACCAAUCAGCGGAUAUAUUUUGAUAUUGAACCUCGAGGUCAGCAUCUCGGCUCCGGAGGACAGGAUGGCUCAGUUCACAUUUAUAAUCUUCAAACCGGACAGUGGGUAUCCAGCUUCCGAGCUGCAUCAGACACGGUUAAUGGCUUUUCAUUUCAUCCUUUCCUGCCGAUGGCUGCCUCUUCAUCAGGCCAACGGAGAUUUGGAGUUAUAGAUGACUCCCACGAGGAUAUGCUCCUUACAGGUGAUGAAAAUUGUGUUUCUGUGUGGAGCUUCGCCUAUUCAGCAUCUGUAGAAAAUGAUGUUAGUCCCAUUUCCGGGGUCUCAAAUGGUAAAUCUGAGCUCGAUGAGGACCUUCACGUUCUUCAAGAACCUUGAUCCAUUUAGGGACUUGUGUAUAAACUUAUCGUUGCAUGGGCUAACAUCACCUCCAUUUACCACAACUAAUCCAUGCUUAACAAACUCUAUUUAUGAAUGUAUGCACAUUAGCUCUGCUGCUUUAAAUAUUCUUCCAGUUGUUUUAUUAGCUCAUAGAUGUUACUUUCUGUAUUUGCCUCAUUUGAACUUAUUUUACCAGUUUUGAUAGAUGUGACAACUGAAGAAUAGGUUGGAUAGCUUAAAUUAUGCAAGAAGAAAUUUACUACAUGCAAGUUCUAUAGAA